GGUUUGUUUUCAAGAGGACUCGGGAGAUCUUGAUUCGCACCGGGUUAGCCUAGACGCCUGGCAGACGGGGAAGGGCUGGAGGGCAAAAGCGGAGGCGCAUGAGGUUCAGCCACCCAUCCCCGCCCGCCCUGUCCAGAAUCGGGAGCAUGUUUAAGAAGUUCAAGAGAAGGGUGGCGGUGGCGGCUGCGGCGGCGGCGGCGGCGCCUGCCUCCAGGAACCGGCCGUCCUCUGCCUCUUCCUGCCGGGAGAGCACGGGCAAGAUCUACUGCCGACCGCACUUUCUGCAGCAGAGUCCGGGGGAGACGAGCCGGAACGCGGAUCCGCAAGCCAGGCCGGUCCUGCUUCCUCCGAAGAGUAAGAAGCUGCCUUGGCACACGGGCUAUGCAGAGGUUAUAAAUGCCGGUAAAAGUGUUUUCAAUGAAGACCAGGCAACCUGUAGAGCAAUCUUCCUCCGAGAAGCAAUUGACAUUGAAGAAGAAUGGGUCCUUUUGUGCCCAAACGAAGACGCUCAAGAACAAGGCAUCUUUGCCACCUACUGGGGAUUAUUUGACGGUCACAAUGGCCCCAUAGCUGCAAUACUGGCAUCUGAGCAACUACAUCACUGCAUCAGAGAACAGUUGGAGGAAAUCUUGGAAGUUAUCGGCGGCCCCUGCAAUGUCCCACCCCCUUUGAAUCUUAAGGGACACAAGGACACGCAAACCGAAAUAAGCUAUGGAAUAGAAAAGAAUAUUUGUAUCGAGAACCUGGUGAAAGGGGCAUUGGAGAUGGCCUUCAAAAACUGCGAUGAACUGAUUGAGCACUACCAGGCAUCUCAUAAUCAAGCGGGAGGCUGUACUGCCCUGGUUGUUCUCUGUUUGCAGGGAAAGUUGUAUGUAGCCAAUGCUGGAGACAGUAGAGCAAUUAUAGUGCGCAAGACAGAAAUUCUACCUCUGUCCAAUGAAUUCACAGCUGUGACUGAGAGACAAAGGAUUCAGUAUCUGGCCUUCCUGAAGCCCGAGUUACUUGGUGAAGUGUUUUCAAGAUGCGAGGUUCCUCGCAGAGUGAAAAGGAGUGAUAUUGGGGAGAAAAUCUUGUACCGGGAUUACUUCAUGUCUGGCUGGGGAUACAAAACCGCACAAGAAGAUGACCUCAAGUACCCUGUUGUGCAUGGAGAUGGAAGACAGACUCGAGUGAUGGGGACGAUUGCAGUCACACGAGGUCUUGGAGACCACGGAUUAAAGGUCUAUGACACUGACCUCCAUGUAAAACCAUUUUUAUCCUGCAUUCCUGAGGUUAUAAUCUUCGACCUGGGACAACAUGAAUUUGGGCCAAGUGAUGUUCUCAUAAUGGCCACUGAUGGAUUAUGGGAUGUCAUAUCUAAUAAGGAAGUGGCAGACACCAGCCAAAGAUUUUUGGAAGAUCAGGAGCAUAAUCCACGCAGGUAUACAAUGCUGGCCCAGUGCCUUGUAAAUAAGGCAAGAGGUACACCACAAGACAAUGACUGGAAACUGGAAGAUGGCAGCUUUGCUUCAUUCGAUGAUAUAUCCGUAUUUGUGAUACCACUGCACAAUAUAGGAGGCACGGUGUAAAUUUUGGUCAGAAGAGAACCACAAGGUUUCUGUCGCUGCCCACUGAUUUUGGUGUUCCAAGCUUAAACUUGUGUUCGAAGUGGAUUUCAGAAUUGCUGCAGGUCAAAGAGGAAACACCAUCAUGCAAAUCUGCCCAAGUUGCUGAUCACUCCUUUUCCCUUUGCAAUUUCACAAGUUAAAUGAGAACCUUCACCAGGAAAAAUAGCCGUUCAGUUCAUCCACUUAAUGUUUUGCCACCAGAAAGAAAGUUUCCUUUUAUCUUUGCAAAAUGUUACUUCAACGAGAGAGCGUUGUGUGGUAAGUAUUGGGUUUUCACCCAAUGAUGUGGGUACUGUUCCCAAUCGAAAGGGAAGGCACACCGCACUGCAUUCCUGUACAACUCCUGACCCCCAGCUUAAGCCCCAUUCUGGGUGGCCACUCCUGGGUGUCAAUCUAUGCUGUUGACCAACUUGAGUGUGAUGGACCAGUUUGAACAACAUGGGUCAAGGUUUGGAAAUGGGUCUCCUGUCCAUUCUUUUGUUCAUUGCCACACUAUUGCAGAGAGAGGGGGUCCCUCAGAUACAGAAUAUUGAAGUAUAAAAUGAGGGCUUUUUUGUAAAGUUAUUCCAAUUGACGCAUUUUGAUUGAAGGACUACAAAUGUAUUGGUGAAAAUAGAGAAUGAAACUAUGUACUUGGAAAGACCCAGCCGUAGGUAAAGAGAAUAUCUCUAAUAAUGUGUUAAUGAGAGGGACAUCUCCCACCCAGUGCCAUCUUCUCAUAUGCAUAUUUAGUUCUCUGUAUAAAUAUUGAAGGACAGUUAAUUUUCUUAAGUUUUUCGGAAAAAAGAGGACCAGAAUGUAAGUAUCCACAACUAUAACCGGUAAGACUUUUCAAAAUACAUCGGCUCUCAGAACCAUAUGCCACAACCACAUGGAUGCACUAACUGAACUGUACACCGAUGACAUCAGAAAUCUCAGCUUUGUCAUCGAAACAACUCUAGAAAAAGCGAAGAUUGUUUUAGAUUGACUAAUUGAUGCCGUUUUGAAAUAUUGAGACAUUUCGUCAAACUGUGAGGUACUUUACUUAUAUGUUUUUUAAAUCAAAAUAUUCCAGCAGGUGCUUAAAGGAGGGGAAAAAAGGUAUACAUCUGUCAUUCAAAAAGCACGUGAGGCUGAGUUUCUGCAGGGAUUCCCUUCAUCGUCUGACAUAACUGUGAUAGAGCAACUGGGGUAACCCAGCUUUAGAACUGGAACAUGUGCAGUUUUGGGGAUCUCUGCAGCUCUUCUGCAAACAUUCCGGGGAAUAAGUGAGAGAAUCCCUGGGGAAUCUCACACCCAAGGCAGUUUUUUGAAAGUCUACUGAAUCUUAGCCUCAUAAUGCCCGGUAAAUGUAACAGCAGGUUCAAUGUCUGGUGUGUGUCGAAUUUACUGUGGUGUAUCUAGGUUGCUCCCCUUGGGUCUGGAUCUAUGAAAUGUAACUGCAGAGAUUCAUCAUACCUCAUUGGCACACUGUCACUCAUAAACCUUUUAGCCUUUAGCAGGAUUAUCAAAGAGGUUUAUCUCUGCAACUUUCUAAGUGCCAGAUGUUGGAAUACCUUAAAACGUCUUUUGUAUAUUUUUGAAAUGCUGAAAUGUAUGGGGUCGAAUUAAAUAAUUGAAAGAAAAAAAUUGGGGAGCUGGUGAUGAAUUUUGAUCAAGAGCUCAGCACUAAGCUCUGGAAUAAACUUGUUAAACUCCUCUGCCUUUUAAGAUUCUUAAAAACCUUUGGCCAAGGUUUUGGGCAACUGUCCUGACGUCUAACCAUCUCCCCCUUGACAUUCAAUGGCAUUACCAUCACUGAAUCCCCUGACCAUCGACAUCCUGGGUGUUACAGUUGACCAGAAGCUGAACUAGAUCAGCCAGAUAAAUAUUGUGGCUACAAAAGCACGACAGAGGCUAGGAA